CAAUUUGUGAUUACGCACGCAGCCCAUUGCGAUGCUUUGUGAUGUGUGGUUGUGUGAUUGCACAACCGCCGAGGAGGGUUUCUCCUGAAACCGUGUCAUAGAAGGGGCCGGUGCGGGCGGAGUUCCAGUUGCACUGCUAAAGAGAAAGGGUUUAGAAAUAGCAUCUUAGUUUGGGCACCUACUGAAUCAGCGAGGUCAUUCUCGCAUCGAGAAACCCACGGCGCACGCUUUCUGUCGAGCGUUUCUAUUUGACUUGAGUGGAACAACUUUUUUUUUCUUCUGUGCUUUGUGAGGUCCGCCUCACAUAUCAACAGUUAAAUCGGGAGGCAGCGCCUGCCUAUACAUUGAAGUCAACUUGGAGAAAGAAAACAAAAGGACAUUGUUCAUUCGGAGUUGUACAGAGGUUGUUCUUUUAAAAUCCUUACAUCGUUUUAUUAUCUGUGAAGAAUCGCAGGAUUUACUUAAACUAAAAUACUGGGAUUAUCCUAACCCUGUAACUGUAUACAGCACUGGGCAUCCGCGGAAUCCCAAGGAAGACUAAGUCAAUGUGGGGGCUCUUGGAAAUUCUUUAAUAUCCGAGUUAAAAGUGUUUGUCUGAAUGCUGGCCCACAUGAGUUGGAACGCGCAGCGAACCAGUCCGAUCCCAUUUUUUCGCAAUGGGAGGUGCAGAUCCAAGAGAGUAGACGCCGAAGAGCCGGUGUCUAAGAUCCCGAGGCUGAGCGACUCCGCGAACGACACCGGUUACCUCAGCACUUCCCCGGCGUCCCCGGUCAGCACAGCCUCGCCCGGCACCCCUGCAAGCCACCAGGGUCUCUCUCGGAUCUGCCAGUUCCUGCUGCUGCCCGUUUCCGACAGGGAGGGGGUGCACAGCGCACUCCACAUAAACACGGGAGAGGAGUUUGUGUGCAAGGUGUUUAGCUUGAAACACUACCAGGAAAAGAUAAGACCGCACACCAUCGUACCAGCGCACAAGAACAUUUCCCAGAUUAAGGACAUUGUUUUGGGGGACCAGAAGGCCUACGUGUUCUUCGAGAAGGACUUUGGGGACAUGCAUACGUUCGUGAAAGGCUGUAAGAAGCUGAACGAAACGCAGGCCUCCGGGCUGUUCCGCCAGAUAGUUUCAGCUGUCUCUCACUGCCACCAGUCUGGGGUCGUGCUGGGGGACCUAAAACUCAGGAAAUUUGUCUUCGCGGAUGAAAAGAGAACUCACUUAAAGCUGGAGAGCCUCGAGGAGACUCAUGUGCUGGAGGGAGAGGAUGACUCGGUGUCACACAAACAUGGCUGCCCAGCCUACGUCAGCCCCGAGAUUCUGAACGCCACCAGCACGUACUCCGGCAAGCAAGCCGACGUGUGGAGCUUGGGCGUCAUGCUCUACACCCUGCUGGUGGGCCGGUACCCGUUCCACGACGCUGACCCCAGCGCCCUGUUUUCCAAGAUUCGGCGGGGACAGUACUGCAUUCCGGAGAGCGUUUCGCCCAAGGCCAAAUGCCUGAUCCGCAGCCUGCUGAGGAGGGAGCCGGGGGAGAGACUCACAGCUGCCGAGAUCCUCAUUCAUCCCUGGUUCCAGAGCUUCCAGGACCUGGAAAGCCCAGGUCAGGAGUCGGAGGCUGGAGACCAAACUGUGCCCACUUUCCAUCUGGAUGAAGACGAGACCAUGGCUUUAUUUUGCUGAUGGAGUAUGUCUAACCUAACCUGACUGAAGCACUCACUUUAGUGUGUUAACAACUUCACAACUGUCCCGUGUUUGCAGUAAUUCUCAGCUGUUCACUCUGAGUUUGGUGUAGAAUUUCCACAGCCCUCCUAAGGUGAUCUCAGAGGUCUAAGGCUUCCUGUUUGCCAGGUUUUGCUGACUGCUUAAGUUCGAAUGUGUGGUCAUCUAUGUACUUCAAAACCCAGGGCUGAUGGAGGCCAAGACAGAUUCUAAAAUACUCUACAGGGAACUCAAGAAGCUUCCAGUCCAUUUACUUGACCAUGGUUCAGUUUCCUCUUGACAUUUUUUUUUAAUAGCCUCAGCAAAACCUUAGCCGGUGGAGACACAAACUUGCGAAAGGAUGAGAUUGUGGAAAAGGUUAAAAAAAACUUGAAGCCACGUACACUUGAAUAUAAAAGCACUGAAUUUCACUCAGGAUAGAAAAGUGCUGGAGAUUAGCUUACAUGCUGAGGAUUCCUGUUUGUUUAGCUCUCAACAGAAGAAUAAAUGACGAAUUGCUCAGGCCCUGCAUAUUCUUCUGUUUCUAGUAGCAGGAAAUUCUUAGUUGGAGUGAGUGUCAGAGGUCACUCAAAGACUGUAGUCCUGGGUCUAUCAGGUGUCUCGGAGCUUUGAGGGGAACAUGCUUUAUACAGUCAGCCUCCAGAGUGCUGAGGUGUUUAGUUGCAGUUGGAUGAAUUAGUCAUGUGAAAUUAGAAAGCCUAACAAAUGCUCUAGUGCAACUUUGCUCUGAAAAUUGAUUUACAAGCACUUUUUCAGUUUCCUCUUUCUCAUAUUUAUUACUCUGUCCUAGUCCCUGGUUUAUAUCGCUUUACAGUAUUGUUCUGUGCUCUUUAAUGCACAGUUCUGGUGUUUUCAAUAGGUUUGCACCACCACUAUUAAAAGAGUGAAUCGACAAAUAUCGGAACAAUACUCAGGACAUUUUAAUUUAUUGCCGAUUUGACUAUCUCACUUUAUGUGGGGAGAAACUGAAUUGUUUUUCACUGUUUUAAAGGUUUUUUUUCCCCAAAAACCCUUUGCUUCCUGUCCAUUGCCUUUCUUGACUAUAAAAGUCAUUGUUGGCAAAGUCCCAGAGUUUUUACCUUGGUCUGUAGACAAUUACAACACAUCUUGAACUUUUGCCUUGUGACCUUGAAUGCAAUGGGUAUCUUACAUAAAUCUGUUCUUAAGGUAAAUGGAAUGUAUAAUGCAUACAUCCUGCACAGUUUGCUGUACAUAUGGCAUAAUUCUCAAUGUUGUCAUUAAAUAGUAUUAUGUCAAGGAUGAGUAAAUGUGAACUGUCGUAGCCAAUAGUUACUUGAUGUUGGAGAUUGAGACUCAGUGUGUGACAGGAAGGGGGUGUACAAACUUCUAAUUGCACUGUGCAUUUUGUGGUUGUUCUAGAGCUCUUGUAUCUGUGAUACAAUCUUAAUGCCUGAUUAAGUCAAGCUGUAGAUAGUGUAAAUGUUACCCAAAAAGCUACAUAGUACAACACUAAUGUAAAUAUGUACAUUAAAGAAAUAUGGACAAGGUUAAUAAAACUGAAUUUUUUUUCCA